GACCCCAAUACGGACUGUACACAGGGACAGCGUGGAAAUGGGGGCUGCAAAAACAAUAUGUCAGUGAUUCCUUGGAAAUCCACUGCAUAUGUAUAUAAUGCUCUAUAGCUUAAUAACACUCUUGUCUAUCAGGCCACAUGAUAGGAGGAGUGAUCCCACGUGCCCAGCACUGAAUAGAAACAUCCCUGCUUUAUAACCUCGCUGUGGUUAUAGAGUUUGAUCCCAGACAUCGCUGCAGCCGUGGGGCUCAGCAGGAAGGGCGGCGCUGCCCCAUGGGGCGGGUGUUGCAGUGGGUCAGGAAGUGGUGGUGCUGCGGAAGCUGUGAGCCGCACAAGGUGGGCCGCGCGCCGAGCAUCGCAGCAUGGCGGUACCCGGGGCUGCGCUGCUGCACAUCCUGCUGCUGGGGCUCGGCACCCGCCUGGCCACAGCCAGCAGCCCCACAGGGGUGGAUUGCAUCCUGUUCAAUGAGGAGUACAUGACCUGCACAUGGGGCAGCGGGCAGACGCUGACAGCCAACUACUCCCUCUAUUACUGGUAUGAGAACAGGUCGCCCGUGGUGGAGUGCCAGCAGUACCUGUGGGAGCACGGUGUGCGCAUCGGCUGCCGCUUCAAGCAGAGUGAGAUCAUCCAGUUCCAGCCCUUCCAUGUCCGCGUCAAUACCAGCCUCAAUGGCCAGACCCUGGAGAUCCCCAGCAGUUGUAUGGAGCUACAGAACUACGUGAAACCAGAGGCGCCCGUCAACCUGACCAUCCGCAACAUGAGCAGCAACCAGCUGCAGCUCACCUGGAGCUCGCCCUACCCCAAGGCACACUGCCUGGAGCACGUCGUCAAGUACAAGAGCAACAAGGACACCAGCUGGACGAAGCAGGAGGUGAAAGGAGACAUCUUCUCCCUCCCCAGCGUGGACUAUGAGAAAUACUACACCUUCUACGUGCGCAGCAAGAUCAACAACUACUGUGGCAGCACCCAGCUGUGGAGCGAGUGGAGUUUGCCUGUAUUCUGGGGCAGCAACUCCAGCAGCAAGGGUGUGGCAGAGGAGCAGGUGCAGUGGUUCUGGAUCCACACGGUGCUGAUCCCCAUCGCCUCCUGUCUGCUGCUGCUGGUCCUGGUGGUGCUGUUGGUGCGCAUGGAAAGGGUGUGGGUCAUCAUCAUGCCCCGAAUCCCCAACCCCAGCAAGAACUUCGACGAUCUCUUCAUCACCCACAAUGGUGACUUCCAGGAAUGGGCCGGAGUCCCGAAAGAUGUAGUGGAGAGUUUCAAGCCCAACUACAGUGAGAGCAUCUGCCACGUGAGCGAGCUGCCCUCUAAGGAGGGCUAUGAGCCCCUCCAAGACAAUAGCGCCCUCCCACCAGGGGGGAUGCCUGGCCCCCAUGAACAAGGCCCCUACAAGAACAGCUACGUGGGAGUGUGAUGCUGGCACCAAAACACGCUGCUCCCUGCUUCCACCCUGCCGAGUGCCCAGGGGACCCCAGCCCUGCUCCUCACCAUGGCUGCGCUCACAGCCCAGUGGCAAUGGAUGGGAAGGGGCAGCAGGCGGCUGCAGAGCAGGCAAGAGCCACCAGCCAGAGGUACAGAGCACCAAGAGACAUGCACAGCACCGAGAGCCACCCUGAGGGGACAAGCUGCAGUGUCACCCCAGCUGCAGUUGUACUCUGGGCAUGCGUAAGCCUGGCCAUGCACAAGCCUGGCCACUUGCUUGCUUGUGCUACAGGUUUCCAACUUGCAGCUUCCAGCUGCAAUAAAGCUUUGCUGCGCUUCAGUCUUGA